AUGAAAAGGUGCUGGAAUCGUAACCCUGACUUCCGUCCUCCUUUUGAAAACCUGCGACAAAGAAUGGACACAUACAUUCGUGGAGAGGUUCGUUUCUAGAAUUGAUAACUUCCCAAUAUUUUAUGCAUUUUAAAGACUCGAAAACUUUUCAAACUUCUUACCUUGCCUCCAUGUGUUGGGAGCAAUACUUGGUAGCCUUGGUUUUAUUUCCGUUCGCUCCAUAAAAGCUUCAGCUGAGACCAUUCAUAAUUCUGGUAAGAGACAUUUUCCAGCCCGUCAGGCCAUUUACGAGCAUUUCCACUCGUUGGCUGCUUCUGAUAUCUACGGCGGUUGUGAUCGUCCCUAGGGCAUAAAUCUGCUCAGUUCUACCCACCUACCUGCAACUUCUCUAUUUUCAGAGAGAAAAUAAGGAAUGCACUUAGUAUAUUUAUACUUUAAACCAAAGAGAUUCUCAGUAUGCCGAGGAAGUGAUCGCACUUUUUAGCUUGACUUUACUGUGUUUUAGCGCUUUGGGGCUAAUGUGUAACCCUCAUUUGUUACUUUCUUUUAAGACAUAUUUGGAACUUCUUGACAUGGGCGCUUAUGACAAGGCAAAAUACUCCCGGGUUGAAGAUCUCGGAAAUGAAGAUGCAGGACCAAGUGAGGAAGUUGCAAAGAAGGCUUCCACUAAGAGAUUGGGAAAAUGGGCCAGUGACCGUCGUUAG